AGGAAAAAAAAAAGACGCGUCGUCCAGAGGAGAAGAAUUCCUUAUUUAAAUUAGUUCCGGAGGCGGGGGGAUGAAAAAUAAAAGCGCACGAAGAAGGCAGUAACGGAAAGAGAGGGACAGUAGGGUUUGAGUAAAAGCCAUGGCUAUCGAAUGCCUCGUCCUCGGUGCUGGGCAGGAAGUUGGGAAAAGCUGUGUGGUAGUCACAAUCAACGGCAAACGGAUAAUGUUCGAUUGUGGAAUGCACAUGGGCUAUGAUGAUCAUCGUCGCUACCCUGACUUCUCUCUCAUCUCUAAAUCCAGAGAUUUUGACCAUUCCCUCGACUGCGUCAUCAUCACUCACUUUCAUCUGGAUCAUGUUGGUGCUCUUCCUUACUUCACUGAAGUUUGUGGUUAUAAUGGACCUAUUUACAUGACGUAUCCUACAAAGGCACUAGCUCCUUUGAUGUUGGAGGAUUUUAGGAAAGUGUUGGUUGAUAGAAGGGGUGAGGAAGAGCAAUUUACUUCUCUUCAUAUUUCACAAUGCAUGGAAAAAGUCAUAGCAGUGGAUCUGAAGCAGACUGUGCAGGUUGAUGAUGAUCUUCAGAUCCGUGCCUAUUAUGCUGGACAUGUUCUUGGAGCUGCAAUGUUUUAUGCAAAGGUGGGAGACAGUGCUAUGGUGUACACAGGAGACUAUAAUAUGACCCCAGAUAGACAUCUGGGAGCAGCUCAAAUUGAUCGACUUGAACUAGACCUCCUUAUAACAGAGUCUACAUAUGCAACAACUAUCCGGGAUUCAAAGUAUGCUCGAGAAAGAGAAUUUCUCAAGGCUGUCCAUGAAUGUGUUGCUGGAGGAGGAAAGGUGCUUAUUCCUACAUUUGCGCUUGGAAGAGCUCAGGAACUCUGUAUAUUGUUGGAUGACUACUGGGAGCGUAUGAAUCUCAAGGUUCCUAUAUACUUCUCAGCUGGUUUGACCAUUCAAGCAAAUCUGUAUUAUAAAAUACUUAUCAGCUGGACCAGCCAGAAGGUCAAGGAGACAUAUGCUACACGGAAUGCAUUUGAUUUUAAACAUGUUCACAAUUUUGAUCGUUCUCUGAUAAAUGCUCCUGGACCUUGUGUUCUCUUUGCAACACCUGGGAUGAUUAGUGGUGGAUUUUCACUUGAGGUUUUUAAACAAUGGGCUCCUUGUGAAAUGAAUCUUAUAACAUUGCCUGGAUAUUGUGUGGCUGGAACUGUAGGACAUAAAUUGAUGUCGGGUAAACCUACUAAAAUUAAUUUGGACAAGGACACCCAGAUUGAUGUGCGAUGCCAGAUUCACCAAUUGUCUUUCAGUCCUCAUACAGACAGCAAAGGAAUCAUGGAUCUUACCAAAUUUCUCUCGCCUAGGAAUGUGAUAUUGGUACAUGGUGAGAAGCCUAAAAUGGUUUCUCUUAAAGAAAGAAUACAGACCGAACUGAGAAUUCCAUGUUAUCUUCCCGCCAAUUGUGAUGCUGUGCACAUUCCUUCGACUAUCUAUGUGAAAGCACAUGCCUCAAACACAUUUAUCCGCAGUUGCUUGAAUCCUAAUUUCAGGUUCUUAAAAAGAAGUAAAGAAGACAAUUCUGAUCAAGUUUUAAGAAACACAAAUCCCACUGCCCCACUGCAGGUAAAUGAUGAAAGAGUUGCUGAAGGGAUCUUGAUUAUGGAAAAAGGCAAAAAAGCAAGGGUUGUACACCAAGAUGAUCUACUGCUCAUGUUGAGACAGAAGAAGCACGACGUUCAGUUUGCGUAUUGUUGUGCUGCACAACUUGACAACUUGGAAGAGACUAGAAACAGAGAUGAUGCGCUUGGUCUUUCCGACAAGUGCUCUAGAUCCAGUUUCUCACUUCGAUGAUUGCUCUCGGUUUUGAGUCUCAAGGCUAUCAACACGACCACUGCACCUUCACUUACUCUCACUAAACUUUGUCCAAGAAUGUCAUCCGAAAAUGAUUCCCACGCGCCACUCCUCCGCCCUCGACAAGACUCUCCGAACUCCCCAACCGCCAGCCAAACCACCCUAGCCGUCCUCCUCGGCCGAGCCACUGGCCGCCGCGGCCCGUCCAUGCUGGUAAGAGAAACAGCAGCUCGUGAGCUGGAUGAGAGACGCGCUGACUUGGGGUACUCGAAGCCGGUGGUGGCAUUAGACAUUCUGUGGAACGCAGCGUUCGUGGUGGUUUCGGUAACGAUGCUGGUGGUGACGGCAAAGGAGAGGCCGAACACACCGAUAAGGCUGUGGAUCUGUGGGUAUAGCUUGCAGUGUUUGGUGCAUGUCAUUUUGGUGUGGUUGGAGUAUAGGAGAAGGAACACGAGGAGAGGGAGAGAUGUAGAGAGCGAACAACAGUCAAUUGAGGGAGAAAAUGUUGCUGAGAGUGAAGACGAGGAUGGCGAUGAACAUGAUAGAGCAACUCCUCCUAGAUCAAGUUUCACUAAAAGAUGUGAAUCGGUGAAUACCAUGGUGUCAUUUCUCUGGUGGAUAGUUGGCUUUUAUUGGGUAGUCUCUGGUGGCGAUGCCCUUUUGCAAAAUGCUCCUCGUUUGUACUGGCUGGCUGUGGUUUUUCUCGCAUUUGAUGUGUUCUUUGCGAUCUUUUGUGUUGUUUUGGCAUGUUUGAUUGGGAUCGCUCUCUGUUGCUGCUUGCCAUGCAUUAUCGCAAUUCUUUAUGCUGUUGCAGGGCAGGAAGGUGCAUCAGAAGCAGAUCUCAGUAUUCUGCCAAAAUACAAAUACCUCGUAAUGGGUAAUGAGGAAAAAAGGCCCAGAGUUGGGGCAGGGAAAAUGGUUCCUGUGGAAACAAGCAGUGGGUACUUGUCAACUGAGCGUGUACUUUUACCUGAGGAUGCAGAAUGCUGUAUCUGUCUUAGCCCAUAUGAGGAUGGAGCAGAACUCCAUGCACUCCCUUGCAACCAUCAUUUCCAUGCAAUGUGCAUUGUGAAAUGGCUUAAGAUGAAUGCAACAUGUCCUCUCUGCAAGUACAACAUUCUCAAGGGAAAUGAACAGGUAUGAAGAAAAGAUAAGGAGAAACCACAAUCAACUGGGUCGGUACUCCCACAUACUGUUCAUCUUCUUGUAUAGAAGAAACCAAGGCACAAGGAAAGAGGUUUCUUCAAAUUCCUGUGAAGAAUACAAGUUGUAGCAUUCAGUAAACAACGCGUCAGUUAGUAUUUAUUUCAGUCUGGAGUUGUAUUGAUUCGUCUUCCUCUCCUGAUUUGUUUGAGAAGCAUGCUAAGAUGGAGCAAGAAUUUUCAAACUUUCUGUUUAUGCUUAAAUUAUAUGUUUUGUAGCAAUGUAAUUGCAUGAUUGCAUCUAUAGUAACCUGCUAAGUAUACAAGUGUCAAUCAAAUUCUUGCUGUUAGGUAUAUAGUGUAUCAGCUUCCUUGGCAUUCAAUUCAUUUGAAGAUUUGAUUUUUAGGCUUCA